UAUGUGAUACAAUAUUUUUAUUUAAAAGGUCUCAGUCCAACCAAUAUCAAAACUGAGCUAAAUUCUACUCUGGGGGAGUCUGUUCCCUCGUUUACAACAAUAAAAUAUUGGGUGGCAGAGUUUAAAAGAGGCCGUAAGAGCUGCCAAGACGAACAUCGCAGUGGUCGACCAAAUGAGGUGACCACGCCAGAAAUGGUGACGAAAAUCCACAAAAUGGUAUUGGAUGACCGUCGACUGAAAGUGCGCGAGUUAGCUGAAAUGGUAGGCAUAUCAAAAAGUACUGUACAUCGCAUAUUGACUGAAAAUUUGGACAUGGAAAAGCUGUGCGCACGAUGGGUGCCGCGUUUGCUCACAAUUGAACAAAAACAGCGUCGUGAGGAUGUUUCAAUCGAGUGUUUGGCGAUGUUUCGCAGUAAUAAAACCGAGUUUUUGCGUCGAUUCAUAACCAUGGGUGAAACAUGGGUUUAUCAUUUCACACCUGAGACGAAAGAACAGUCGAAACAAUGGACUGAAAGGGGAAAAUCGGCUCCGAAAAAGGCGAAGACAACUCCAUCGGCUGGCAAGGUUAUGGCGUCAGUUUUU